GCUUUCUCGUUAACAAAGCAGAUAAGAAAACGACAAAGUUCAAACAACGAACUUGUCCAAAGACGCGCAAAAUCUCUCUGUCUCGCUCUCUCUCUUACUCCUUCUUUUCCGAUUUUCUCUCUCUAGAACUCUAUCCCCCCCCCCCCCCCCCCUCUCUCUCUCUGUCUGCGAAUAUCUAGGGUUUCCGAAUCCAUAGUAGCAGCUGAAGAUCAUCAUCCUCAAGAUGACGACGAUGGAGAGCUUGAUCGGGUUGGUUAACAGAAUCCAGCAAGCUUGCACGGUGCUCGGUGACUAUGGCGGUGCCGACAACAACUCCUUCCUUUCUCUCUGGGAAGCUCUCCCUUCCGUCGCCGUCGUCGGUGGCCAGAGUUCCGGUAAGUCUUCGGUUUUAGAGAGCAUCGUUGGACGUGACUUUCUGCCUAGAGGAUCAGGGAUUGUGACGAGGCGUCCAUUGGUGUUGCAGCUUCAUAAGAUUGAAGGGGAAGCAGAGGAGCAUGCUGAGUUUCUUCACAUGCCAAGGAGAAAGAUAACUGAUUUUGCCGUAGUCCGCAAGGAAAUUCAGGAUGAAACUGAUAGGGUAACGGGAAGGACAAAACAAAUAUCUCCUGUUCCAAUUCAUCUUAGCAUUUAUUCUCCACAUGUUGUCAACCUAACUUUGAUUGAUUUACCGGGGUUGACUAAAGUUGCUGUAGAGGGACAGCCCGACAGUGUUGUUCAAGACAUUGAAGAUAUGGUCCGAUCUUAUAUUGAGAAGCCUAAUUGUAUCAUAUUAGCAAUAUCUCCGGCCAACCAAGACAUAGCAACUUCUGAUGCUAUUAAAAUUUCUAGGGAAGUGGAUCCCUCAGGUGAGAGGACAUUCGGAGUCUUGACAAAGCUGGAUUUGAUGGACAAAGGAACUAAUGCAUUGGAUGUCCUUGAAGGAAGAUCUUAUCGUCUGCAACAUCCUUGGGUUGGUGUAGUAAAUCGAUCCCAAGCAGAUAUCAAUAAAAUGGUUGAUAUGAUUGUUGCUAGACGCAAGGAGCGUGAAUAUUUUGCAACCAGUCCUGACUAUGGGCACUUAGCCAAUAAAAUGGGUUCGGAAUACCUUGCAAAACUUCUUUCACAGCACUUGGAGUCAGUAAUUAGGGCACGGAUACCUAGUAUAACAUCUUUGAUAAACAAAACCAUCGAAGAACUUGAGUCAGAGAUGGAUCAUCUUGGGAGACCAAUUGCUGUUGAUGCUGGGGCUCAACUAUACACCAUCCUAGAACUUUGCCGCGCAUUUGAUCGGAUAUUCAAGGAGCAUUUAGAUGGAGGGCGGCCAGGAGGAGAUAGGAUAUAUAAUGUCUUUGACAAUCAGCUUCCUGCUGCUUUACGGAAGCUUCCAUUUGACCGACAUCUUUCUCUUCAGAAUGUAAAGAAAGUGGUGUCAGAGGCAGAUGGUUACCAGCCUCACUUAAUUGCCCCAGAGCAAGGUUACCGGCGCCUGAUUGAGGGGUCUCUUAGUUACUUUAGAGGCCCAGCUGAAGCUUCAGUUGAUGCAGUUCACCUUGUCUUAAAAGAACUUGUGAGGAAAUCAAUAGCUGAAACUCAGGAACUGAAACGUUUCCCGACUCUUCAAGCCGAAAUAGCUGCAGCUACAAGUGAGUCUUUAGAGAGGUUUCGUGAAGAGAGUAAGAAGACAACUGUUCGGCUUGUGGAUAUGGAAUCAUCGUAUCUCACAGUGGAGUUCUUCCGGAGACUUCCUCAAGAAGUGGAGAAAGCUGGAAAUCCAGCUAAUCCAGCUCCCUCAAAUGUGGAUCGGUAUGGAGAGGGGCAUUUCAGGAGAAUUGGAUCAAAUGUGUCAUCCUAUAUAGGUAUGGUAUCAGACACUCUCAGGAACACGAUUCCAAAGGCUGUGGUCUAUUGUCAAGUUCGAGAAGCAAAACAGUCAUUGCUAAACCAUUUCUACACACAAAUAGGGAAGAAAGAGGCUAAACAGCUGUCACAGUUGUUAGAUGAAGACCCUGCCUUGAUGGAGAGGAGACAACAAUGUGCUAAAAGGCUUGAACUGUAUAAAGCAGCAAGGGAUGAAAUUGAUUCUGUUUCUUGGACACGAUGAUGAUCUUGGUUGCUAUUUGACUGUAUUCAACGCUUGUAUAGAUAGCGAUUGCUUUUGGGUUGGCUAGACCCACAUAUGAUUUUUUUAUGUAGUUUCUAUUAGUUUAUUGUUCAGCCAUUUUAUAUUCCUUUCUUGGUUGUAGGAUAACGUUGGCGUUGAUUAUUUGUUUUUAGUCAGAUGGGGGGCAUGUAAAUCAACACAGACUUUGCUUAUUUUUUAUGGAUUACAUGCUUGCAAUGUGUUUGUUCUGAGUUUGAAUA